UUUUUUUCUUUCCUUACCCUCCCACCGCCACAAAACUUCUCCGCUCGCCCGCCCUCGGCCCGCCCUCGGCCGGCUUUUUCCUCCCCUUCCCUUUCCCUUCCUGGGGCCGGCGGAUGGCGGCUGCCCGCUGCCCGCCCGCCCCGCACCGCUUGAGCCCGUCCUCGGGCCGGGCGGGCGGCGGCGGUGGUGGUUGUGGUGUUGGUGGCCAUGGUGGCGAGGAACGGAGAAGCCAGGGCCGGAGCAGAGCGGCGAGGAAAGGGGCGAGCCCCGGCUGCUAUGGGCGACAGGCGGCAGGAGGCGGCCGGAGGGCCGGCUACGGUCUUUCCCCAGAGCUGCCGAGGACGCGGCGUUGCCCGGAGCUGUCAGCGGGAGGAGCGGAGCACCACGGCCCGAGGAGCGAGGUGCUCAGAGCAGGAGCCACGGGAUUAAAUGGCACCGGUUGCAACCUGGUGUUUUGGGGCCAAGAGGAGCAGUCGAGGGAGCCAGGCUUGGUUAGGCUGGAGAAGAUGCUGAGGACAGGUUUUCAUCCAGAGUCGCAAGAGUCGAGCUCCCUGCUGCAGACAGCGGUUUCAGUGCUGCAAAGCUGCUACUUGGAUUCGACGUCUCAGGAUGGGUUUCAGUACAGCCAAGCAAUUCUGGUGGAAAACGCUGUUUUUCUGAACGAGCUCAAAGCUUUUGUCCAAGCAAAGGAAGCCGCCGGCUACAGCCAGGAGGAGCUGGAGGAGACCUUUGCAUUUCUCCUGUUUGACAAUGAAGAAGAGGCCAAAGAAGUGUGUCAGACGGGCCUCCGAGUUAACAGCAGCUCUAUUUCCAUGCUUGGUGAUCCAGCGAAAGGGGUGUAUAUAUCCAAGUACGCUGACUGUCUUCUUCCAAGACCCUGGUACCAUGGGAAAUCAGGCUAUAUUGUCAUCUGCAAGCUAAUUAAGGGGAAGGUGAAGGUGGUGUCUGAGAAUUACACAACCAGCUACACCUGCCCCUCUCCCGGCUACGACUGCCACGUCGCCGUGAGCAAGAACAUCGUCCCGUCAAAGGCCAGCCCCUGCCAGGCCUUCGAGCAGAGCCAGUAUUACGUGUAUGAAGUGUCCGACGGCAGCGCUGCGGAGCGCCCCAGGCAGAUCUGCCCCUACAUAGUCAUCACCUGCCAGUACAGAGAGCCAAAGGAGAUGCCCGUCUUAGCUAGAGAGAGUCUACCUGAGCCUAACCACAAAGUAGCGUUUUACUGCCCGUGGAGGGGGCAGCUCUCCAUCCGGGGCCAGCUCUUGUGCAACAUUGCCCUGAGGACCCCGUACAGCUCCACGAUCCCAGCACAGCUGCCUCCCAACCUGGACAUUAACCACGUCAUGGGGCUGUCUGACUUGAAGAAAAAGCUGCCAGAAGCUGCGUUUGGGAAAAGAAAUUACAUUGAGAAUGAAGUCUGCUUCCAGGGCGUUUACUUCAGUCUAUAUGAAGUGGAAAUAGCGAAUAAGGAUCAACAUAAAAUGAACCAAUUAUUAGAAAAUCUAAAGAAAAGGGACUUGGCGAUCAUCAAAUAUUUACAAGAUCAAGGAGUUCUUAUCCUCCUGACCUCCUCCGCGUUGGCACGGGAUGAUGGAUUCGACCCCAAGGAGCCUGUCAGCCUCCUGGCCCUGUUUCUGUUCACCUCGUCCCGAGCAGUGUGCCUGAGAGUUCCAGAUGUUUUCCCUCCGGUGCCAGCAGCGCUCCCGCACGUGCUGUCCCGUUUCUUCCUACGCGAGUGGCGUAACCCCAGCCAGCCGUGGCUCUCCUCCGGGACCAAGAGCUCUCCUCGCCGGGAUUAUAAACAGUUCUGCUUCGUGGCUUCUCCUUUCUCUGAAGAUAAAUACGUCAGGGUCUGGGGGACAGAAGGAGACGGUGACCGAAGACAGCAGGAGGACGCGAAGAGAAAAGGAGCUGAAGAGCACGAUCCGAAAGAUGAAAGGCGAGGGAGCGACGUCUCCUUAAAAAUAGCCUCGGUUUUGCCCGGGCUUCGCUAUGCCUUGCAGAAAGCCACCACUUCUCCCCGGGGGGACGCGCUCAGCACCGACGUGCGGAUCAAACAGCACUUCCAGGAGUAUGCAAAGCUGGAGCAAAACGCACAGCACACCUCGGGCCAAAACGACGACGUUCCCUGUCCUUCUCACCUGCCAUCAGCCAAGGAUGAAUGCACUAAAUCCUCGACAAAGAGCUCGGAGCAGUCUUUCUGCCAGCUGCAGCAUUAUCUCUCCGAUCCCAGCAGCUACACGCUGGAAUUGUCGGCUGCCUUAGGGUGUUUGGCUGGUGCUGCUCCUUCUCUUUGCUGCAGCUCGGAGGCUGCUCGUAAAGGGGACUGCCCUUUGGCUCUGCCACCGGACCCGGCUCCUCCUGUACCAGCAGAAGUCAAACUCGAAGGCGAAAACCCAAAGCCCACUAUUGUGGGGCUGGGCUGGAGUGGCGAAGUGGCCCCGAAAGACGUUAGCUCAGCCAGCGAGCUUUGGAUGCAGCAGAACAAGAGGAAAUCCAGCCAAACCGCUGGGACCAGCACCGGGAAGAAAUGGUCACCCCUCAAGAUGCAAAUACAUUCUGGGGGGGACAGCAGCAGGGACAGGAAAGCGACCAAGAAGAAAAUCACCUUCUCCUUUCCAAAAAAAACGGGGCUUACGGCCAGCUCGAGCGAGCCCAUGCUGAAAUUAGCCAAUUUAGAGUUUCCACACAGAAGGAAAAGAGGUGCAGAGGUCCUGUCUGCAGAAUUUGUGCACAAUACGCAGCCUGAACCUGCCCAGAAGGAAACCUCGGCCCCCGACAGCCCUGGCUUGGAAACCAAGAGGCCGAAAACGCUGAAGAACUCGGACGUGAAAAAGGUUCCUGCUGCUGAGGACCAGCGCAAAGCCGCUGAAGAGAGGGCCGAGGGGUUUGUUUUAACCGUGUGGGUUAUUGCAGACACAGCACGGGGUUUCUUCCGUGAGGGGAAGGAGCCGUUCGCCACCGUUCCCAGCGAGGUUUCUUCGCAGAGCCCCGCGGCGGAGAGCCAGGUGGGCGAGAUCUACCCAGGUGCUUCUGCGAGCCAUUUUUUUGAUCCGAAGGGGAACGACUACGAAUCCCACGCCCUCAACUUGCUGGCUGACCUGGCUCUGGGCUCUUGUAUUCCUUCCUUCAUCCCCAGGGACAGCGGGGCGAUCUCCUCACCCCGCAGCCCACCCCGUGACCCCGCGAAGGAGCAGCAGGGCCUCCGCAAGCAGAAAUCCUCCCGCGCUGCCUCCGACCACGAAUACCACAGGGUGGACAAGCUGGCAAAGGGAGCUGCCUCGCCUGGCAAAGCGUCACCCAACCUGAAGCUUCCUCCUGCUGCCAAAACAGACCUGAAAGACCCCCUUCCCGGGGAGAAAAACCCCGGGAUUGCCGCUAAAAAGAUCAACCCCAACCCCAACCCCGCAAAAACCCGCGCCUUGCUUCCCAGGGAGACCCAGGAGGCCACCGAGGCCAACAAGCACUCCUUCAUCUCCUCCGAGCACUCCUACGCCUCGCUGCUGCCCGAAAACCUGAAGAAACCUCCGUAUCCCAAAAACACUUCGUAUUCUGGGCCUGCCCUUGCCAGAAACGGGACGAGGGGCGCGCGGGCGGGCCCCUUGGUGGGCAAGGUGCUGCCUUUCCGCCACCAGCAGAGCAGCGCCCACCCUCAGCCUCCCGCCGAGGCCACGGCGGCGCGGUGCCGGGGCUGCCUCCUCUCCCCCAGGCUGAAGGAGGAUUUCGCCGAGAGCCACAGCGUGAAAAGCUGCGGGAAAUCCCUGCAGGUGACGCGGCGCUGGGAGGCCGGCUACCUCUUCAGCUCGGACAGCAAGUACACCAACGACGAGCUGGAGAAGACGGUGAUCCGCGCCCUGCACGGGCCCUGGGACCCUGAGCUGCCCGACGACGUGGAGGAGAUGAAGCUGAUACUUCACAUGUGGGUGGCUCUGUUCUACAGCAAGCCCAGCAAGGUGCUGAGCAGCCGCAGGAAGGUGGUGGAGCACAGCAACCCCAAGAAAUUCGUCUCCUUGAACAGCACCGGGGAUUUCCUGGAGCUGAGCGACGACGGCGAGGAUUGUUUCGGGUCGGAGCCGUGCCCCGUGGACUCCCAGUCAGAGCCUGAGCAGGCUCCUAGCAGCUCUCUGGAUCCCAGCACGCGCUGCCAGGGGGUUUUUCGCCCAGAGGAGAGCCUUGCAGACAGCACGGUGUCGUCUUCUUCAGGGGAGCUGCCCCCCGGGGAGGAGGAACCUUCCUCCACGAGCUCCGAGAGCCUUUCCCUCGCUGACCGCGCUGCUCGGAGCAACCUGGUGGAGAAAUGCAGGCAGCUGGAGCUUCCCGAGGAGGAGCACGGGUGUGAUGGCUCGAUUGUUGCUGUGGUGGAGCUGCCCCGGGAGGGACAGAAGGAUGCUUCCAUCACCCCCAACCCCUCCAACGAUGCCUCCACGUCCCCAGCUGUGCUGGGCAGGGAAAAACCACGCAACCCAGCCCUGAAUUUCAGCCCAGCUCCCCAGAGGACGCCGCACGGGCGUGGAGAGCAGCCAGAGAGUGAGGCCUCUCAUUCCACAUCCUCAGAAGCAAAUCCCAACAGAGCAAAGCCCGAGGGGCUUGGCAGAGAAGAGAGGGCAUCACAAGACCCCUCAGGACAUCCAGAAAUUGAGGAGGAAGAAGUGGAGGAGGGAGAAGCAGAGGAAGAGGGCUCUGGGCAUGGCAGCACGGGCGUGGGGACCUCUGGGUUAGCAUUUUCUGGAAGAGGUGAUGCCGACACGGAGCAGCAGCUGGUGAAUUUGGCAUCCCCAAGGGAUUUUGGUGUUCCCAGAGAGGGUCCUGAUCCCAUCCCUGCUGCCUCAGCCCUUCCCCGUGAGGGCAAAUCGAUGCCAGCCCUAUUUGGGACUGGGGCUGCCUCUCGGGGGCUCUCUGGCGAUGCAGCCCCAAGCGUCGGCGUGCUUCAAGAGCCCUGGGGGGCUUUGGCCACCCCAGGUGCCGAAAAAAACAGCACCAUUUUGGCACACGAAGCCAGCCCGGCCGCUGUGGGUGACAGCAGCUCGGUGCCACCUGCUCCGAGCACGCAUCUUGGUGUCCCCACAGCCGGUUCUGGAGCCGGAGAGGCGCUGCGGGGUGGUUUGGAGCAGGAAAACGAGGAUCGUGCGCCCUCUGCAGAAAGCCUGCUGCUCGUUGGGAGCCAAGCUGCUGCCACGGCUGGCAUGGAGGCACAGGGACAGGCACGAAGCUCAUCCCCUCCUGGCUCCAGCUCUGCCUGCCGGGCGUUUUUGGACGGAGCAGCAGCUGCGGGGGCAGCUCCAGGGGUCCGGGAGGCCGCGGCGCUCGUCCAGGCUCCGUGGAGGAGCAGCCCCGGAGGGAGAAGCUGCCUUCCCCGAGGGCGUGGAGGUGAAAUUUGUGCUGAGCUCGCUUCGGGGAGCUCUGAGGAAUCAAACCAAGAGCAGAACAAGGCUUUGGUGGAAGGGCAAUGUGGCAGCACCCCUGCCAGCCACCCCGAUGUUUUGGGGGAGCCCUCAGGAGCUGGUGACGGCCACGGCUUCGCCUUCGACUGUACGGCCUGGGCAGGGGACUCCAAACCAGACAGCUCGUCCCUGGCUGCCUGCACGGCCUCAGCUGCUGCUCCCCUUGUCCAGGACCCUCCCUGGGGUGCAGAUGCGGGUGCCCCUCGCUGCUUUUUCGGGCAAAAUGAGCGGGGAGCAAUCCUGUGCCCCCCUGGGAAGCCCCGCGAGCCAGGAGCUGCCGCAGAGCUGAGCGUGGCCGCCGAGAUCCCAGCAGCAGCCAGCUCCUUAAAGCCUGGAUUUGUAGGAGAGGUGAAAAAAGACCCAGGUCUGUGCCGCACGGAGCCAACAGAGAGCUCUCCACGGGGUGUCCUCAUGCCUGGUGAGGUGGAACCUGCUCCUUGUUCUCCUCCACACAGCCCCGAAGCAAUUUGGCACGGCGCCGAGCCAGACUCAGUCCUCGGCGUGCACCCCGAUGCGAAUCCAGCUCCCUGUGGUGCCACCAGACCCUGCUUUGGGGGACAGCAGCCCCCAGGAGCCUGCCACACGUGUGCCACCCCCCAAAUCCAGGUAGCAGGCGUGCUGGGAAGCCACGAGGAGGACUCUGAAGGAGGAAGCAGCAUCCCUCGUGCCAGCCCGGCGGCUUUGCCAGCAGGAUUGGUGCCACCACGGGGCGAGUACGAGGCCGAGGAGCCCAGCGUGGUCGCAGAUCCUCAUCAUGCGGAGCUGGAGGGGGAAGAGGGAGCAAUCCCCGUUCCCCACUGGGGGUGCUUUGCACCGAUUUCCCCUCCUCUGACCCCAUCCAGGGGGGCAAGGACUAAGCACGACUCCUCCUCCUCCUCGCUGAGCGAGGCCUGGGGCUCCCCGAGCUCGGAGGAAAACCUCCGGUGGGCCGAGCCCAGUGGAUGCAGCGGGCUGGAGGAGGCCAGCAGCAGGCAGGUGCCACCUUACGUCAAUAUCACGGACAGCCGGGGGGUCUCCAAGGAUUUCCUCAACUUCACGGUCACCAAAAAAACCCAGCGGGGCAGGAGGGGGAACGCGCGGCCCUCCAGGAGACGCCGCCCUUGCGCGGGGCAGUCGCAUUUGCUGAGGGCCCUGCUGGGGCCGUGGAGGGGCUGGGAGGAAAUCACCCAGCACACGUUGGACAUGGAGCACCUCCGCUUCUACUAUAAGCUAAACCAGAUCCUGAGGAGCGGGCAACCUCCUCUUUCUACCUCCGAGAGCAUCUUCCCACGGCACCGCUCGCUCCAGGCGGCCUCCGAGACGUUCCCCGGGCAAGAAACUCCCCUCCCUCCGUCCCCACGAAGCAGGAGCCCUCUGCAAGUGACCAUCCUGCCCUCGACCCCGUGGCCGGAUGGUUUUGGCUGUCCCCAACCGCACAGGGACCCGUCAUCCCAUUGCCCCCCGUGGCACGAGAGGUCCCGAAACCGAGACCUCGCCGCUCCCUUCCACCUCGGCAAGCUGAAAUACGAAAAAACCCCGCAGGAGCCGCCGGGGGUCGUCUCGGCCAUCCUCAGCGAGUCCCCCCAGCUCGACGGGGUGAUGCUGAGCGGGGUCGAGACGGGAGGAGAGGACAAAGGGAAGGGCUCGGCACCCGUGGAGGCAUUCGGGGAUUUGGUGGCGGAGCUGUGCGGCUCGCUGCGGGGCCGCCUGCGCAGCGUGGCCAAGGGGGCCUGCGGGAGCCCGGGGAUGUUUUACCUGGUGGAGACGGGAGAGGAGCCUUUCUUCGCAAGGGUGAAGACCCUGCUGAAGAAAGACGGCCACGUGGAGAUGGAACCCCUCAGCUUCUGCAGCGCCAAACGCCCGGACAGCGACCGGCUGCUGGUGGUGAUCAGGAACGAGGACAUUUCCUCACACAUCCACAAGGUCCCCGGCUUGCUGAGCCUGAAGCACUGCCCCAACGUGGCGUUUGCCGGCGUGGACAGCCCCGAGGACAUCACGGUGCACACCUACCAGGAGCUCUUCCACACCGGUGGCUUCGUGGUGUCCGACGACAAGGUGUUGGAAACGGUGACACCGGGCCAGCUGAAGGAGGUGGUGAAGGUGCUGGAGAAGCUGAACGGGAGCGGACGGUGGAAGUGGCUCCUGCACUACAAGGAGAGCAAAAAGCUCCAAAAAGACGUCAGAUGGGACACCAAUGCCCAGAAGAAGAGCUUGAUCCUAAAAUCGUGCCAGGGAGCCGAGCUGAUCGAGGUGCUGCACUACCACGCCUGCGACUCCCGCGCGUCCCCCAGCUCCGAGUACGUGAAGUGUUUGUUGAACCUGCAGGUCCAGCACGUCAGCGCCAGGUUCGCCGUGUACCUCACGGAAAAACCCGGCGCCAGCAGGGAGCUCUUCGAAAGCAAAGGAAUCCUCGUGGCCGACGUCAACACCUUCCUUGGGACAGUGCAGAAAGUGGCAGCCCCGUUUCGGAGAAGCUACUGGUAA